AUGGGCAAUUCACAUGACAACAGGAAGCAGUGGCCAAAAAUGAGUUUUAAGAUGGUUCUCUUUCUGUGUCUGAUAUUUGCCGCGAUUAUUUGUCCAGCCGUGGCCACCAUGGAGAUCACAGCAUUUGAAUAUAAACGAAAGUUUCACAAGAUGUUAAACCUUGGCGAGUGUUGUCAGCGGGAGAUUGCUGUCAAUAUGGGAAAUAACUCCUAUUAUAUUGAGGCUCAAAAAUGCUCCUUGUACAAGAAAGGUUCUGUGACCUACAUCCCACAAGAGAGUAGUGAGUUCAAAAAUGUCCUCAUCACUUCAGCAGAUAUGGUUGUAACCCACCUGGGUCUGUGCACAGGAGAGGCUGCCUCUUUCCUAGGGAUCCUCAACUCCGGGGACUGUGUGGCUAUCGAGAUUGCAAGUCGUCUAAGUUUCAGUGACAAGACUGCUAUUAGGGCUUCUGUGGGCAUCUAUCAGACGUCACUGGACACCCUGGAAAGUGACAGCAGUAUUCUGGAUGGAAUGGAAAUGUACUACGAGGAUAAAUUUUACCUGAAAGUUCGCACCUAUGGAACCUUUGAAAUAUUGCUUGUGCAGUUUAGGUUUGACUCUGUGUUGGCAGCUCAGGAAGCAAAGAUGAUCAAGAAUCCAACGCAUCUCAUGUCUCAGUACAUGGAGCAGAUACAACAGCAAGUGGGCUACCCAAAGAAUGUGAUGGUGAUCAGUUUAUCAACGGCCACACAUGAGACUUUUCAAGUUGAACUGUUUCAAAAACCUGACUGGGACAGGGCAGUGAGGUAUGUGCAGAUCCUGGAGCUGGGCAUUCAACGGACGAAGAACCAGAUCAGCAGUAAUGCUAAGAAUUAUCAUCUCAUUUAUCGACUUAAUCCUUUCCUAGAGAAUACAGAUUAUCGACUGACUUUACCAAAAUACUGGGAAGAAAUCUCUAUUUUGGAAGUACAGCUUCGCCAGGCUAUCAAAGUAGCCAAGUCAACAGUGAGAAAGUGUCGAGGAAACAAAAGUCUACUUUGUCGUCGCGUUCGACAACUGAAGCAAAAGCUGACAGCUGAACAAGUGGGGAUUCAUAAAGGCCGAGCUGACUGGAUCAGACUGAAACCCGAAGAAAGGCUAUCAUUGGCCACACAUUACGGGGCAAAUGUGAAAUCUUACACCAGUAUUACAAAAACCCUUGCUAAAAGUGUUAAACAAAUGAACAACAAAGAAAAAAAGCUCUCAAAAGCCGACAAAACAGUUAAUCAGAUACCUAGGAACCCUGAAGAGCAUAUUCUGAAGCGUCAGAGGCAGAUGAGACAAGGUAGAAUCAGAAACAAGGACAGGAAUGGUCAGAGCAGCUGA